UCUGAGACUGUCACCAGUAUCUCCCUCGAAGAAGGGAAGACAGAGGCAAAGAGAAGGUUCUGCACGGAGGUGGUACGAGAUGCCAGAGACGCCCGGUGAGAUUGUUAGAUGUGAGCAAGCUCAACCACAAUGUGACAACAAGAUUAAACAGCUAGAGGAGCAACACCAUCCUCUUCCUCCUCCUUAUCCUCCUCCUCAGACCAAUGAUGCCUCAGGAAGUCAAUGUUGCAGCAGUAUGGAAGGCAUUAGGCAGAAGCAGCAGAGACCAUCAGUGCUCUGCCAGGUGUCUCAAACAGCUUCCAGACGACAACACAUGCAUCCAAAAAGCAGUGCACCUGUCUCCAUUUGCAAGGAAGAGGUAGAUGCUAGCUGUCUUCCUGAGUCAUCUUCAUCACACAUAGGCUUCUCUCCCAGGCAAAAUCAUCACUUCCUCCCUUCAAGGAGACACAGUCCAAAGCAGAGCUCCAUUGAGGCCACGCCUAAUGAUGGCAUUCCUGAGGGGACCAGUGCUCUAUUUGUGAGUGGCCUCUGCCGCUGGCCUGGCUGUGAUGUGGUGUCUGAAGAUUUCCCUAGUUUCUUAAAGCAUCUCCAUUCUGAACACAGUUAUGGUGACAGAAGCAUUGCUCAGUGGAAGGUCCAACAAGAUAAUGUUCAGUGCAUGGAGAGUCAGCUCAUCUUGGAAAAACAGAAACUCAUUGCGAUGCAGCUUCAUCUGCACCUCUCUGAACACAAGUACACUGAUUUGGCAGCCUCUGAGUGGCCGUACAGCCUUCCUCUGUUCCUGCCCCAGCCUCAGGUAACAGAUGGAGACAGAGUGCAACAAUGGGGCAUAAAACAUCUAGAGGAGUUUUACCAGCAUGGCUACAGAGCUGCGGGUUCUGCCCACCUUUGUCCAGAUAUGGUCCCCAGUAUUGAAUGUUACAAAUACAACAACAUCAGGCCUCCGUACACCUACGCCUACCUGAUAAGAUGGUCUAUCCUGGAGUCUCCGGACAAACAGCGCACUCUGAAUGAGAUUUACAACUGGUUCACUACCAUGUUCUUCUACUUCAGACACAACACUGCUACCUGGAAGGACUCUUCAGUCUUCCUCACUUAG